AUGUCUUCACGUCCACUUGUGUUGUGUUUGGUUCCUUCGACUUCUCCAUUGCCUAUGAUGUUAGAACUUGCCGAGCGUUCAUUUAAGGACGAUUUUAUUCUCAUCCACGGAGUGAAAGUCGUCGAUCUGAGCCAAAACGAGCGGGAAAAAGUGAAAGGAAUAAUUUGUAACCAUGGAUUUAGACGUUCAAAAAUUAGAGUGAACAGAGAAAUUAUGGACCUGCUGCCGAAUUUAAAAGUGAUCAGUACUCCAAGCGCAGGUGUGGAUCACAUUGAUGUAGAGGAAGCUACCGCACGUGGAAUUCGUGUAGGUCAUGUUCCGGGCUAUUUUAACAGCGAUUCCGUCGCAGAGUUUUCUCUCGGUUUGCUGUUGGCAUCUGCGAGGUCAAUUUUACAAGCAAACGAAGUAGCAAAGUCGUCUGAUGCAGCACAAUCAGCGGUAAGAUUGUAUCCUCCAUCUCGAAAAGACUCCGACGGAUUACAGAAAUUUCCGAAAGACUUCCGAGUGUUGACGGAAAUUUCUGGAUUAUUUCCAAAACUGUAUUGAUUGGUGUAAUUUUUCCCAAAAUGUGUAGAAGAAGAGGAAUUAUUUAAACUGGGUGGAUUUGUAAGUCAAGCACUUGAAACUGUUCAGUUUGCAUGUAGCGAUGAAUGGUCAUUCUUGUGGGACUAGUAUUUGAAGAGCAGAUUGAUGCAGAGUCACGAGUCUCUCCUGAAACAGAUGUAUGAUAUACAGCUAAAUAACCUGUGUGGCAUUUUUUGUUUGAAGUCUAAUCUGAUGUCAGAUGGGGGGGAGGAGUUCAUUUUUAACGAGAUCAUUGAGUUUUUGAGUGUCUGUUACAUAAAGAGGAGUCUAUAAGGUAAUUUCAGAUACUUGGUAUGAAAGUGAUCCCUAAGUAUUACAAUAGAAUAAUUAAUAAGAAGCUAACUUUAUUUUACUAGAAUAUUUCUCGCUGGAUUCCUCCAUCACAAGUGACUGGUUCAACUCUUGGCCUUGUUGGUUUUGGGAACAUUGGAAGAGCAAUCGCUGAGAGAGCUAAAGGAUUCAAAAUGAACAUUUUAUAUCAUUGUCUGACAAGGAAAGAAGAGCUGGAAAUACAUUCAGGUAACAAUUGAUGUGGAUCAAGAUGAUUUUCAGAGUAACUUGUACUCUCAAAUAGUCUACAAUAACUUAAACUAAGCCAAGUUCACACAAUUGUGGCUGUGGGGUCUCAAUGGUGAUAUUCCUCAAAAGUAUUGUCUAAAAUCAGUCACCUUUUUAUAUCUAGGAGGUAAUUUUUGAUCCCACAAGAAACCCCCCCCCCCACCUGAGGGGGGUGAUGAGGUGAGUGAUGAGGUGGGUGAGUGAAUUAAACUGAGUGAUAGUGGGAAGGGUCCUUGAGAAAAAAUAGCCAUAUCCCUAAAUUUCUUGUUUACUUGAAUUUGAAUUUUUGUGAGAAGUUACGGUUUCUGUAAUUGUAAGUAGGGUUUAAACCUCAUUUACAAUGUAAGCCUGAAUUGUUAUUUUUUUGGCUUCUUACUCCAUGUCUUAUAGUGGAGAUAGAGGCUAUAUGUAGUAACAGGCCUCAAUAUAACCUACAUAUUGUCAUAAACCCCAAUUGAGGAACAUCAUCACAAGAUGGGUACACUAUGGUAUUUCUUACUUAUUUUUGUUUCUUUUCUCCAUAAAAUUCAGGUGCUACAUUCUGUUUGGAAUUAAAGGAGCUCUUGACAGCAUCUGACUUUGUUGUUCUGAGCUUACCAUUGACCCCUGAAACAACCAAUUUCAUUUCGGCAGAGGAACUUAGUAUUAUGAAGUCUACGGCAACACUUAUAAAUGUAGGUCGUGGAGAAACUGUCAAUCAUGAUGAUCUUACUGUGGCAUUACAGAAGGGUGUUAUAAAAGCUGCAGCAUUAGAUGUCACAGACCCACCAGUUCUUCCAAGGGAUCACCCACUAUUAAACAUGUCAAACGUAAUUAUUACCCCUCAUAUUGCAUAUUUGACAACCAGUGUUCUACAACUACGCUGUUCGACUUCAUUGGAUAAUUUGAGGGCUGGUGUCAAAGAUGAAGAGCUUCUUUACUCAGUAAACUGAAAGAGGAAACUGAAUGAAUAUGUGGAUGCAAACUCUAAUGAAUGUUUGAUUGAAUGAUAACUGUAUUCAUGCACAGUUAAAAAUUCCCAUCCACUAGACUCUGAAAACAGCUAAUUAUCAUUCAGUUUUGGAAUAGCAGUUGAACUUGUUUUCUCUAUAAUGAUAAUAAUUGGCUUGCAAAACAAAUAAUAUAAUUUGAUUUAACUUAUUGGAUUAUUUAUCAUUUCACCUGUGUGCAAUUUUUUUAUUUCACUGCAAGGCUCAUUGGGUUUAUUUAAUUUAAUUUGUGACUUGAAAUCCCCAGAUAUUUUAACAGUCUGUAUUGUUAUAUGCACAACAGCAGAUGCUAUUGCAAGUGAUUCAUGAAUUUAUUUUAUUCCAGUUAUCAGAAACAUUUUCCAAAAAAUGCAAAACAGCUAUUGGAGAUUACUAUUCCCAAAAUACUUUCAGAGAUAUUUCAGUGACUGGC